AGUGAAGAGGGUGGGGGGGGGGGUGGAGAGCCGCCAGCAGGUGGUGCAGUUAGCCCUGCAAGGCGCAGGGAGGCGCUGAGGGCCCUGGGCACCCUGGACCCUCUCUCCGUCCAACCACACAGCCUUCAUCUUCCCACCACAGCACCCUGGCUUGUGCACUGGUCAGCCAGCUCCCAAAAGAAGGCCCUGGGUCCCCCCAGAGCAGCCAGGAACCAAGGGCAGUGACUUGGCAGCUGGCUCCGUCUCUGAUAAAAGGGCAUAGUCAGCUCCCCAAGUCAGCACCCAUGACCUCAUCUAAGCCCUCCUGGGUCGGUUUCCUUCCCAGCUGCAGCCUUGCCUGGAGCCCAGAUAGCCCAGUGGGCCCGAGGCCUCUCCCAGGAAGGUUCUUCCCAAAACAGUGCUAAGUGGCAGCAUCAGCAUCAGUCAGGAUGCAGCACACACAGGAAUGGGGACUUCCAGAAGCAUCACUGUCCGUGCUUGAGUCAGUGUCUCAGAAGUGCUGAGGAAGGGAACGUCCCAUGCAGAGUCCUCACGUCACGACAGCUCGCCUGGUCCCCUCUCCCACUGGACUGUAACCAGAGGCGGCCAUGAGGGCUGAAUUUGCCUCCUUAGAACAUCUGACAGUGGGGGAUGGACAGAGGAGGGUUAGCUAGUAGGUGGGCUUCCUGAUAAUCACAGUUGCUUCUUCCUGAGCACCUGUGGGUGCCCCGGUGGUGGGAUUCUCCUGGUGCCUGGAGGAUGCUGUGGUCACCACAGCUUAUCUGGAGGAAGGAGGCCUGGCAGUGCAGGCAUUCACCCCGCACACCAGCCCUGCACCCCAUCUUCCCUCCUUGCAUCCUCGGUCUGCCUCUCCCAUGAGAGCAAAGUCCAGGCCAUGGUGAGGCCUGUUUAGGAGACCUCCAUUAGGAGUCCUCCAUGGGCUGGAAGAGAAGGUGUGAGGGGUGGGGGCCCCUUUGGGAGCUGCCUUUGAGGCGCUGCCUUUGAGGGCACCCCAGGUGACAAGGACCAGGGUCCCAGCGUGCAGAAGGCCACAUAGUCACCUCCUGCAGUGUCCCACCUGCUUGGUGGGAGCCCAGUGAGGCCAAGCGCCCUGCUGGGCUGGCUGUGUUCCAGGAGCCCACGGAUGAACGUGCACACAGCAUCGACCCCCGGGACGCCUGGAUGCUUUUCGUCAGGCAGAGUGACAAGGGUGUCAAUGGCAAGAGGAGGAGCAGAGGCAAGGCCAAGAAGCUGAAGGUGAGCCCGGCAUCCCGUCAGCACCAGGCCGCGGGGAGCUGUUUCCUCGCUCCUCACCCACUCCCACUACAUCCUGACCAUUUCCAAUGGCACACCCCUCAUGCCUCAGCCUGGGGACAGAGAACACAGAGGAAGAACCCAGGCAGUCCCAAGGGGAGCCCAGAGUUAAGGGCCUGGUCCCAGCCCUUUUCCCAUACCCCUAGAAUGCCAGGUACUCGGUGGUUCCCUCUUUUCUCCUCCCUCUGUGUCCUGGCCCGGGAGGCUGGGUGACACCUUGCUCAUGCCUGCAGGAGUGUCUGGCUCCCAGGGGCUAGGGGCAUGGAGUCCUGGCGGCUGCAGGGCUCCCACACUCACUCAGCCUUGGGUCUUGGCCUGGGCAGAAAUUUCACACUUGGUCCUGGAGCUGCCUCCUAUUAGCCCCAAGAAGGCACAUACGGGGUGCGGGCUUCUCGGUCUCCUGGGGACAAUCUCACUGCCUGGGAUCUGACCGCACCAUGGGACGCCAGCUUGGAGCACAUGAGGCAGGUGCAUAGGCUGGGCUGUCCCCAUGGCCUGGCCUCCCACCUCUGCCCCAGCCUCCUGACCCUGCCCUAAGCUCCUCCCUGAAGGGGGCUCACUGGCGUCUGUUUCGGGUCCCAACCCAGCCUAGUGGGGAGUUGCUGAUGAUGGUGGACCCAGGCCCAGUGCAGACCCUGAGAUGCAAGUCCCCAAAAGCAGCCUGGCAUUCCUCCCUCCAGGAGGCCUGGCCACAGGAGCGGCUUCCGCCCUCUGCUUCCCCCUCAGAGCAGAGCCCUCCCCGGCCCCAGAGCCCCCACCUCCAACACGGUCCUCGUGCUCACUCCAGGAGAAGCUUUCACUGUUUGAGGCUGGAGCCCAUGAAGCUCUCUUGCCUGCCUCUCAGAGGCAAGAGCUUGCACAGGAGAUGCCGGGGGUCCCAGCCUGCUCCUCUCGUGUCCUCACAGCCAAGGUUCCCUUUCAGUUCGGCUUGCCAGGGCCCCCUGGGCCACCCGGUCCCCAGGGCCCCCCAGGCCCCACCAUCCCACCCGAGGCGCUGCUGAAGGAGUUCCAGCUGCUGCUGAAAGGCGCGGUGCGGCAGCGGGAGCGCGCGGAGCCCAGACCCUGCACGCGCGGCCCCGCCGGGCCAGUUGCAGCAAGCCUCGCCCCGGUCUCCGCCACUGCCAGGGAGGAUGAUGAUGACGCGGUGGAGGUCGUGCUGGCGCUGCUGGCUGCGUCCCGGGCCCCGGGGCCGCCACGCGUGGAGGCCGCCUUCCACUGCCGCCUGCGCCAGGACGUGUCGGUGGAGCGGCGUGUGCUGCACGAGCUUGGUGCCUACCACCUGCCUGACGCCGAGGGUGCCUUCCACCGUGGCCCUGGCCUGAACUUGACCAGUGGCCAGUAUAGGGCGCCCGUGACUGGCUUCUACGCGCUUACUGCCACGCUGCACGUAGUGCUCGGGGAACCGCCGAGGAGGGGGCCGCCGCGCCCCCGGGACCGCCUGCGCCUGCUCAUCUGCAUCCAGUCCCAGUGCCAGCGCAACGCCUCCCUGGAGGCUGUCAUGGGCCUGGAGAGGUGCUGUUAG